AAUAACACCCUCUACUCCAUACUCGAAACCCGUGGAAUUAUUGCCCCGCAUGGCAGAUCUCAUGAAAGCCGUUGGUGUGAAGGGCUCCAAAGGGUCUGCCGAUGCUCUAUUCAUCGACAGUAUCCCGGUCCCUCAACCCGAAAAUGGCCAGGCCCUGGUUAAAAUCAAGGCAUUCGGCUUGAAUCGAAUGGAUCUUUUACAGCGUGAAGGAAAAUACCCUGUCCCUCCCCAAGCGCCCAGCACCAUGGGAGUUGAGUUUUCUGGUAUCAUCAAACAAAUUGGCAAAAACGCCGAAAAGGAUUUCAACGUGGAUGAUGAAGUUUUCGGCUUAGCUUAUGGGGGCGCCUACGCCGAGUAUAUAGUUGUAUCGACCCAUAUGUUGAUACACAAACCUGUUGAGCUGUCCUGGGAGGAGACAGCAGGGAUACCCGAGACAUGGUUUACGGCUACGCAGGCCCUGUACUUGAUCGGUGGUUUCAAGCCCGGAGAUUCCGUUCUUUGGCAUGCGGGGGCGUCAUCGGUUUCUAUAGCGGGAAUCCAGCUCUGUAAGGCUGACGGCGCCUCCGCUGUUUAUGUGACUGCGAGCUCGCCCGAAAAGAUCGAUUUCUGUGUCAAUGAACUGGGAGCUUCGGUUGGGUACAACUAUAAGACCCAAGAUUGGGCAUCUGAGGUUGUGAAAGAGACCGAUCGCCGAGGUGUUGAUCUUGUGAUUGAUUUCGUUGGCGCGACACACUUUCAAGGCAACCUUGAUGUCGCCGCCCAGGAUGCUCGCAUCGUGCAGUUGGGACAAAUGAGCGGGUCGAUCCUUCCUGCGAAUACCGACAUCAGUGCUCUUUUGAGAAAAAGAGUGAGGUUAGAAGGUAGCACGCUACGAAGCAGAGAUUUGGACUAUCAGAAGAAGCUGCGUGACCUACUUGUUGAUCAUGCUUUGCCAAAAUUCAAGGAUGGAACCUUUAGGGUAUUUGUUGAAAGAAUAUUCCGUCUUGAAGAAAUUGCUGAUGCGCACAAAUUACUCGAGGCCAAUGGUACAAAGGGUAAGAUAAUCUGCACAAUUGACUAAGGGAUAAAAGGUUUCUUUAUUUCAUUGCAUCGUGUAAUGAGCUCUGAUCAGGGAUUCGGCAUUAUCCUAGAGUGGAGAGAGGCCGCGUCAAGUCUUAGGGUACCAGGCAUUCAGUAAAUAAAUGGAUUCGCCGUUUUGAUCUUUGUCUCUCUGGUUUUUUUUCCUUGUUUUUCUUUCUUCGCCGUUAGUACCUACCUACCUACUCGGAGUGCCGUUGGUAGUUAGGUACCUAGGUAGAUACUCAGUGCCUGUUUCGCAAGACAUUCAUUCCAUACUCCGUAGACUUUGGUAGCGAAUCCGUUAAUUGGUAGUCCCCAGAGCG